UUAAUACAGUCUGACACCACUUAAACUGCCCUGGCUCAUUGCUCUGGAAUCCUGGGAGUGGUAGAUCGACGGGGUCUCUGCCGAAGACGCCUCCUCCCAGGAUCCCACCGCCUUGAGCCUUGAAGCGGGCUCUGCCUGCCUUCAUUCUCCGGUGGAGAUGGAGAAGCCCGGCGCGACCCAGCAGCAAUUGCCUUGUCUCUACUAAGCCGGAGUUUGGCUUCCCCUCGAAAGAAGGCGGAGAAGGAAGCCCAAGGAAAGCGGCAAGGUGCUCGGGGAGGAGAGGAGAGGCGGGUCGGAGGAGAGGAGAGGAGAGGCUUGGGAAACUUGCCCCGAGAGCCAGCCAGUCAGUCGGCAGCGCCGGAGGGGCGCGCAGAAGGCAGAGGCGGCGGCGCGCAGCAUCUCUCCUCCGUCCUUUUUUCCUUCCUUCCUUCCUUCUGCUCAGUCCAGAGGCUCCUCAUUGCCGGGCUGCCCGGUCCAUUGGCCACCAUGGGCGCCGAUCCGCAGGUGAUGGGCCCAGUUCACAGAAACUUCCAAGAGGUACCACGGUAAAUGAAGCCAACACAAUAUGUUCAGUGUAGAAGACCUCCUAAUUUCUCAUGGAUACAAAUUGUCUAAAAAUUCCACCAACUUGUAUGAGAACAGAAGUGAUGGAUUCCAGCAUGAAGUCGCAGAUAGGCGGGUUAGUCAUGGACCACUGAAUGGGUUCCCGACCAACUCUGCAGCCUUUGCAAAUAGCAAGAAAAAGACCGGAACCAAAAGUGCCCUGAAUGACAAUGAAAGCAGCCAUGUCUUCAGAGGGAGGCAGCCAGUCUCUGUCUACCAUCAAGAUGUCCCAGCUUCAACCAAUAUUUAUGCUCCCGAGGCAAGGUUUUAUGACCAAUCCCAGUUAAACUGGUCUUCCUGCCCCAAGACAGAAAAAGAUCUCGCCUACUGGAGAAGAAGAGGCCAGGAUUUUAGUGCAUUGUUGGGCAACACUGGCAAGGAGGACUCUGAAACAAAGGGAAUGGCUGUGCCUUGUGCUUUGUAUGGACAUGACAAAAAAGGUCAGUGGGAGGUAGGAGGUGGAGGAGAGAAAAUUAGAAGAACCAACAUGCAGGAGAAGUGGAAACCAUCUGCUGACUAUCGAUGGCAGACUUUAAGAACAGAAAGUUGGGACCAGCCAACUGUAUUUGGAGGACUUGUAUCUCAUGGUGACAAGGAAAGGCUGCUCCAAGAUAAAUAUUCAGGCCGACAAGUCAAUGCUGCUGCUACCUCCCACGCUAAGGGGAAAUCACAAUCGUUGCCAAGAGUUCUUUCACCAGAGAGCCUAAGGUGUGUUGAAAUGCCCUCCCUCAUUACCAAAAAACAUUCGUUCAGUGGAACGAAAACAGUAUCUUGUCCCCCAACUGGACUGAGCCUGGAAACUUCUAGGUACCCUAAUGCAGUGGCCCAGUUCCUUCCCUUGCCCAAGCCCAAGUAUGGGAGACCCCUGAAGCCUCCUUCCUACGAACUUCAUCAACAAACUAGGGGAAGUCUGGAAACCAAUUCCCUGCAGGAUGACUUGCGAAAAGAUGAAGCCAUCUCAAGUUUGACUAAAAUUAGUGACCCGACUCAGGAUGUUUGUACUCAAGACUCAAGCCUGGAGCCCCCAUUGUAUGUUCCCCCUCCAUGUUAUAAAUCACCAGCUCAGCAAAGUAUGGAUCAGCAUUUGCCCAGUGAAGUGCCUGACUAUGAUAUGUGCUUUAAUAAUGGCAUACAGAGUCCUGUUGAAACAACCAACUUUGUCCAUCCCCACUCUGUUGGCAUAUUUAAGAGUGGGGGUGAACAUUAUCAAAAUGAACCAACUUCUUAUGACCAUAAAAGCCAUCCAAAACAGGUGGAGAACUACUUGUCUUCUGUGCAGUAUAUUCCUUUUGAUGACCCACGGAUCCGGCAUAUUAAAAUAGCACACACAGAUGGUCUUCAGGAGGAUGUCAGAGCUGCUGGGGAUGCAAAUAGGACAAGUCUAUAUGCCUUCCAAGGGAAUUCUCUGGAACCAGAGUACAACAGUGCCUUUUCAGAUAUGCCAGACUCACUAAGUACUGCUGUGAAGUGUGAUCAGGUCCCUGGCAGCUCUGCACAGAGCAGCAGAUGGCUAGUAGAGUCAACCAUAGAUCAGGACAGUUGUGCCUUGCCUCUCCAAAGAGACAGUUAUGAUGCAGGUAAUGACCUGAAUCGCAAAUACUCCAAAGGCCGGCUGUCUGUACAAAGUCCUCAUACACAACUGCCAUGUGAGACUAUAACUAAAGUGAAAACAUUUGAACCUGGCACGGAGAUCCAGAGCAAGAAGAGUUCAAAGAAAAAAACAAAUGAAACAAUAUUUUGCUUGGUCUCCAUCCCUGUCAAAUCUGAUCUGAACCUGCCAGAUACCGACAGGAACAACAACGUAACACAGGGGGCCGAGGAGAAGAAUGGACUUGAUAACAGUGGGGUUCUGCGGGAACAAAGUCUCCUAAGCACUUCUUCCACUGAUUUGGAACUCCAAGCCCUUACAGGAAGCAUGACCAAUAAGAAUGAGUUACAAAAACAAGAGUCAUGGAAACCGAAGUUCAAACAAACGAAUGACCUCAGAUUCCUGCAGCCUGCGAAACACAAGGAGCUCCAGUACUCUGGCUCAUGGCCAGGUGAUCAGUACAAGGACCAACAAACACAGACCAGCUUCACUGAAGACCCCAAAGUCAUGCAACUUCUCCAAGGUUUAGAACACAAGAGAUCCAAUACAACAAGAGCUUUCCAAGUGUUAAGAGAUGGAACUUCUACCACAAAGCCAACCCUAACUGUACAGUCUGCUGAUAACAGACAGGGUAAACAAUUUACAUCCAGUGUGAAAGAACAGGGCAAAGCCAGCAAUAGUGUAUAUUCUAGGACUGUUGUGCUUAACCCAAAGGCAAGUCCCAAUCUGCCUCCUGCUUCAAGUGCAACUUUUCCUGGGCAGGAAAAGGACAGUAAUUCUGUCUUUGUGGAGGAAGAAAGCACCCUUUCUAGAAGCAAGGAACUGUUUGGACAGUUCCUCUUGAAACCUGUUAGCCGCCGCCCUUGGGAUAUCAUAAGUGAGCUAGAAAGUUUCAAUAAGGAGCUUCAGGAAGAAGAAGAAAGUAGUGAAGAUGGUAUAGAGAAUGAUGGCAGGCAGGAAAGGGAAAAGGAGGAAAAAAUAGGAAGAAAAGAAAGUGUUACCUUUAGGAAUGAUGAGAUGAGCCAGGAGCCGGACCAUAGACUUGGUACACAGUCAGAACCUCUCAUAGCAGUCACUCCUGUGUGUGCACAGGAUAAGGAUAAAAGUAGAUCUGAAAGUGUAAGUGCCUCUGAAAGUUCAAAUACUAGAGUCACAGGUGGUGAAUUUCAUGUGAGUUCUAGAUGUUUGCAGGCCAGAGAGAUAGGUGAAUCCACCAAGGUGACAAAUGGGUACCUUUUUGCUGAACCAAAAAAACAGGAAGCUGGGAAAAGGAUAAUAAAACAUGCUGUCAGUCCACAAACAACCAAAAGAAUUCUGUCCGAUUCCUACGAUGAUGAGAAUCACUACAAUCCAUUCAAUAGCUUCAACUUCAGGGAUGAAAGCCAUGUGAAAAAUGAGAGUGCAGUUGACUUUGAUAGGCUGAAGAAAAAUGCAGCACCCAGGAUUAACCUAGCAUUGGAAAGAGGAUCUGCAACCCGAUUAUCUUUAACGAAUAGGAGUCAAGGUCUUUCUGAACCUGAUUUGAGGAGUGUGGGAUUAGAUGAAGACCAAGGACCUGGAACUUGUGAGCUCGAUUGUUAUGGAAAGCCUAUUGUGCCUGAGAUUCCCCCCAAUGAAUCACUCCAGGCAAGAGCAGCUAGGAUCCUGGGAAUAGAGGUACCUGUGGAGGCACUUGUACCCAAUAACAGAACAAUUCAGGACAAAAACCUACAUUCUGACAACUUCAGCCUCAAAUUAUCAGCUGAAAGGACACUGGGGGAUAUGACAGAAACAAAGGUGACUUCUUUUGAAGGAAGACGAAAGUGUGGCUGGACAGAAAGCUCCUUUUUUGUUGGAGACAAUAUCUCAUUGGAGUCUACUGAAGACCAGAUCCCUGGAGAAGAAACAUUGAUAGCGGAACAUUUUGAGCAGCAUGAAAGCCUUAGCAGACAAAGAGAAGACCAUAUUCCCUCGCUUGAGUCUGCUGUGCUUCCAUUUGUUGAGAGGCAGGUUGUUCCACCUAAUGCAGAAAAGAAAGGCAGAAAUACUUCAAAGGUGAUCGAGACCUUACAAGGCAAACUUGCAGCCUCUCCGAGCCGAGCCGCCAUGGACCGUCUGGUGAGGAUGAAAGAAGUUCACUCGGUUUCUCGUAUGAGGCGUCUGAGCAUAAAGAACACAGAUUCAGGAGAGGAUGGAGAGGAGGAGAAACAGCCGAAGGGCCUAGAUGAGAGAGGAAGUGAUCCCACUUCUGAGAAUAAUGAACUGCCCCGUAAGUUGUCCCACAGAAGUUCUGUAUCCAAGCGCAUCAUCUCUCUGGCUGAAAAUGGACUUUUGGACAACAGAAAUGAGAAGAAAACUGGAAAGCAUUCAUUUUCAUUAGAUGUGUACGAUCCCACCAGAGUUGAAAGAGUGUGAUAUGAAAGCGCAUGAGUUUUGACUCUUCUGUGGGACAUUUUUGCUGGGCUCCAGUACAUGGCAACAGUGUUGACUCUCAGUGUUUGGCAGCUACUGACAAAGCCUUCAUUUCUGUCGGUGGGAGGGAUGGAGAAGAUCAGCGCUUCAUUUUCCAUUGCUUUAUGCCUGCGUGAAAGGCAGCAAGACCCGCGAGAGGGAGCGAAAGAAAGAACAAAAAUCUCCACUUUGAAACCAUCUGUUUUUCUGCAGCAUUAAGACUUAAUGCCUCUGCUUGGCACGGAUUGGUCAUUUUAAAACUGUGCUGAGCAGCCAGGAUGGUAAACAGGAUGAAGACGGGAGAGGCUUGGAGGGGCGGUUGGCUAAUGCCUCUAUGCAAAAUGUAAACAGGGGAGAUUAGCAAAAUGAUUUCUGAAAGAAUGUGAAUUUGUAAGCUAAACAUCCGAACCUCUGAACUCUUAAGCUUUGUUUAACUUUGGCCAUGAAGCAGGGAGAAAGACAGCGGCCGCCGUCACCUUUUUUUCCCCUGCCUCAUGGGAAUGGAAACCAAAGAGGAAGAAAGUUGAUUGACGGACUGUGAAAUUAUCUUAGAGUUUGACCGUUGGAAGGGGCUUUGAUUUUGCAUCUUUUACUUGCUCCAUGCACAGAAUAGAAGGGCAAAUACUCGAUAAAAAUGAAGUCUGAAGGCCAAAACAUCAAUGUACAUAUAAUCACAAGCCUGUACAGCCAUUGCUACCAAACCAAUACCAAUACCAUGCUGACUGCUGCUGUUUUGCACUUAACUAUUGCCUAGUUAUGUUUUUCCCUAUAUAUUUUUCUUUCCUUCCUUCCUUCCUUCCUUCCUUCCUUCCUUCCUUCCUUCCUUCCUUCCUUCCUUCCUUCCUUCCUUCCUUCCUUCCUUCCUUCCUUCCUUCUUUUUUCUUUUGGACUCAAAAUGUUUUACAUGAUGAAAGAGAUCUAUUAUAGUAGACCCCUUUCAAUGAAGCGACUUUUUUUAAACCGAAGGUGAUCUAUUUUUCUACAGCUGAUUGUUGCAGUAUAUUGAGAUGUCUUCUUUUUAAAGCAGGGAGGCUUUUCAGAGAAAUCAUUUUUUUGUGUAUCUUGUACGCAUUCCCCGUUGUCUACAGCUUCCAUUGUAAAAAAAAUAAUUACCAUAUGUGUUUACAUGGAUAUGUACAUAUGUAUAUCUCUCUCCUAUGAAGCAAAUCUGUACGUAUUUAGAUAUAAGUUGUUAUCUAGUUGGUGGGAUAAUUUCUGUUUGAUCAGCACGCAACUGGUAAUAGUCCAGGAUUGUCUUCCACUUUAUAACAUUCCUCUCUUGUUUAUGACCAAAAAGCAAAUGCACCCUAAUCUAUGGAAUCUGGCACAAAUAUUAGAGACUUGUAAAUUUAUCUGUGAAAUGGGAUUGAUUGAUUGUUCUUGGAAGUAUCAAUUUCCAUCCAUAUGUACAUGCAAUAAUAUGGGGUCGUGAUGCAUUCAGAGCAUAUAUGACAUACAAUAAACCAUAAAGAAGAUACAACACUGCCAACACGGUUCAGCUAAGGCACUGCAAAGAGGUCAAGGGAAGAAUUGACUUGGGAAUUCUGGUUUAAAUCCAACACAGCAGAAGUGGUUUUACCUACGUAUUCAUUCUUAUUAAGCCGAUUUUAUAACCUGAUUUAGCAGACCAACUCAGAGAAAUAGGCUGUCACUCUGUGCUUGCAUUUUUAUACUUACACUAAUUUUGUCUUUGAAAUAUAAUCCCAUGUUAGGGAACACCAUACAAAGAUUUGAAAUAUCAUAUUGUUUCCCAACACAUUCCAAAUAUAUUUAAAGAGAACCCUGUACAUUGUUAUAGGAUUAAUACUGAUUUUAACCUGCACAAUGCUUAUUUAUAUACUUAAACUACUCUUGUGUGCUCUGUGGAUAUUUUUCCCUUGUUAACAUUCCUGAAAAUGUAUUUUUGUUGAUUUGUACUGGCCUUUUUAUGUGUUUCUCCCUCUCUGAAAGCCAUGUUAUUUGCUAUGCAUUUCUAAAUCUUGAGAUUUUAUUUCUGGGGUCCUAUCAUUUGGCCAAAUAUAAAACUAACCCACCUGUUGUGCUUUGGCAACCACAUUUGCUUACCUGUAACACGGGAUUCUAUUACAUAGGAUCAUUAUUAAAUAUUUAAAGUUUGUUAUAUAUCAAACCAAAUAAGUUCUUGAUUUAUUUUCUUGGCACAAAUAUUUGGAUUUUCUUUCUGUUGGGUUUCAGAUAGUUUUUACAUUCUUUCAGAUGGAGGAGUUGUCGAAAGGUAGUGUGUGUAGGUAAAACUAAUCAAUGUCACCCUCCUGGAUGGGGAACCUUUGGCCCUCCAGCUGUUUUGGACUACAACUCCCAUAUUCCCUUUCCAUGCUAAGUGGUGCUGAUGGAAGUCAUUGGCCAAAACAGCUGGAAGGCAAAUGUUUUCCCAGCUGCUUUAAAUUGAUUUUUCAAUGCAUUUAACACACUAUGGCUGGAAAAUUCACUGGGGAAGAAAUUGAAAAACAACUUGAGGGAGAAGGUAGUGUAUAUGCUUUACCCUCCAUUGCUUUUCUGCUCUUUAUCUCCUCCAUUGGCAGCAGCUUUCCUAGAUCUAAAUAGGCUAUGAACCUACUAUUAAAUGCAUCUGAGAACUGUGGUUUGGAUCUGCAGUAUUGAAACCGUGCCCAUCAGCAGGCUAAAUAUACCAUCUUCUGGCUCAAAUGAAUUCCAAUGCUGAAAGGAGUUCAAGAAAAUCCAUGGAAAGGAUUUGAGGAAAUGCAGGUUUUUGCUUUGUUUUCUGGACUGUGGUGACAGAUGGGUUAAGAAUUGCACUAAUAAAUGGUUUGAGAUUA